AUGGCCGUCAGACCCUCGACCGCUCGAAGCGAAAUCUCCUCUGCCAUCUCUGAAGAUGGGUAUGGAUCUAGACCCCAGUCGGGUGUCCCUCUUCCUGCGCUGCCCAACCCUCCACCCUCACAACAUGGGUACGCUCACCUUAGAGGGAUCACACAACCUACAAACCGCUCGAUAAGGAGCAAUCCUUCUCCUGCCGCUCCUGCCGCCCCGUCGAGUACUGCUGGCUCGAGUCGGCCGCAGAGCCCUGUUUCUCAGGGCAGCCGCACCCAUGUUCCCUCUUUAACAGCACAAGGCUUCUUCAAGCCAAUGAGUUCGCAACGUUUACAAGCACAAAGAUUGAGGAGACCUCUUGGCGCCAGAACAAUGCAGCCGCCAGCGCCAAUUCCAGAUGGGGAUGUGGAUGAAGAUGCCCGCAGUGUUGCGUCCAGCAGACAAGGGCCCUUCCAUGCGAUGCCCAGGAGCCAUCGUCCCGCCCCAUCGAUCACGACGGAAUAUACUCAAUCGGAUGCGCCAGACACUGUUGAUGCCGCAUCUCCCGAUUUCGUCUCUCAACACGACGGCGACACGCAGCUUGUCAAUGGAGUCAAUCCCCAGAAACCGCAUCGGCCAUCUCGGCUUAAUAUCGCUACCACUCUCAAGGCUGGCGAGCCGCCUCAGAAGUCGCCUCUCUCUUUUCGGUCUGGCUUGAGCCUAGCCAGCAAGCAUCGCUUGGAAUCUGGACAUCUGCCUUUGUCUUCGAAUGCGACCUCUCCCGCGUAUCCACCCGAUUCAAAUACCGAGGUUGCCGUGAAGAGUGCUCUAGGCAAGAAUUAUGAGUAUUUCGAGGGCAACACAAUCUUCUGGCUUGGAGGCCGUAUUCAAAAUGCUCGAGACCGUCCCAUAAACAUCGCCACUGGCGUAUUCUUAGUUCUGCCGGCGGUCUUAUUCUUUGUUUAUUCGGCCUCGUGGUUAUGGCAUCACGUCUCACCCGCCGUCCCCAUAAUAUUUGCUUAUCUGUUUUUCAUUUGUUUAUCUUCUUUUCUUCAUGCUUCUCUUGUUGAUCCAGGGGUUUUCCCUCGAAAUAUCCAUCCGUUUCCGCCGGAGGAUAACCACGACCCUUUGGCUUUGGGACCUCCUACUAAUGACUGGGUCAUGGUACGACUGGCUACCUCGCAAACCGCGGCGAUGGACGUGCCGGUCAAGUAUUGCAAGACCUGCAACAUUUGGCGACCGCCACGGUGUUAUCAUUGCCGAGUCUGCGAUAAUUGUGUCGAAACCUUGGACCACCACUGCGUCUGGCUCAAUAAUUGCGUGGGCCGACGCAACUAUCGGUACUUCUUCACCUUCGUCAGCACAGCAACCUUCUUGGGGCUGUAUUUGGCGUUUGCGUCUUUGGGCCAUGUGAUUGCCUACCGAGACCAAAGACACGUCUCUUUCGGGACGGCCAUAAACCGAAACCGCGUACCGUUCGCCAUGUUUAUUUAUGGAUUGUUGGGGUUUGCAUAUCCUUUUGCGUUGUGGAUGUACCACUUGCUCCUUGUCGGCAAAGGCGAAACUACUCGAGAGUAUCUCGCGUCUCGAAGGUUUCCCAAGGCAGAGAGGCAUCGCCCUUUCACACAAGGAAAUUUCAUCAAAAAUUGGAUUUCGGUGCUGGCACGACCUAAGCCCCCUACUUAUCUGCAUUUCAAGAAGCGGUAUGAAGAAGGCGACCAGCGGUUUGGGAUGCGGAGAGGAGACCGGCAAGCGAAGGUGGGCAAUCGGAUGCAGAACGGCGAAAUGGAGAUGAAACCGGUGCAGGGGUCACAAAAGACCUUUGAGGGUCCUGCAGGGAGGAAUCUGCCAAAGAAAGAGACCAAAUGA